AUGUAUGUUGAGGCGCAGACGUUUUGUGCUUAUCCUUGUACUUUUUGUCGGCCUAGGGGCAGAGGUUGUAAUAAUAAACGCGAUGAUUGUGGUGCUAAAAUUAUAUCUGCCAAUUGGGUAGAUUUUGAUGUACCGCAGCCUUCAGCACAAAUUUGCUACUAUGAAUACGCUGACCGAUAUUCAUAUCUCAAUAUUACGGUUAGUGCUCCUGAGGACUCACAAGCACUAGGCCAUUUUACAUUUAGUGAUUACAAUGGCCACCAUCAAAGAAUUUUACACGACCCUGUUUGGGCAAGUGGUAUAUUGUGUGGUAGGAUUUAUAAGCAGAACAGUAACAUAUACACAUCCGUAUGGCUAUAUGAUAGUAACAAUAAACCUAGCAAUGUAUGGGCUGAUGUUCGGGUUACAGUUUAUUGGGCAUGCCGAGGGGAAAGUUGUGCUUCUGAAGAU